AUGGUACUCAGUGUAUAUUCAAUAGUGCCUGUAACUAAAUUAUCUAUUGAAUAUAAUUUUAGUAAAGGCUACUUAAGAGUAUUCAAAAAUCCAAAGGCUGCAUAAUUUUUACUUUUGAUUGAAUAAUUAGCAAUUUGGAAGUAGAUUUUAAUGUUGACUGAGAUUUAUGAAUAUUUGGAAAAAAAUCCAUUUCAUAAAAAAGAAACAUUGAAAAUUUAUUAUUUUCGACAUACAGUAUAUUAAUUAAGAGGAUUGAUUUUUAAGUUGAAAGCAGGUUUAAGUCCUCAAUUAGCAAUUACAAUAUUUUAUAAAAAAACAUCAGUAUGUUUAGAAGGAUUUGCAUUGGCUUAUAAGUAACUAAGUAAAAAGACUCUAAUUGUGAAGGCUGGAUUUAGAUUUGUAAAAAUGAAUUAUAAAAAAAACUAUUACCCAAAGGAAAUAGGAAAAGGAUCUAAAGAAUUGGUUUAUAUUGUCGAAGAAUUUUAAUAAUAUGGAUUUGUCAAUUAUUCCGGUGAGGUAUAAUAUGGGGAGUUUGAUAUUUAAAUAACAUUAAAGACUUGUUCUGUAUGUGGGUUAGCAAAAGUAGAUUUAGCAAAUAACAUUUUUUGUAGACAUAGAUAUUGCGAACAUUGUCUAAAAAGUUACUUUAGAAAUAAGUACUCUAUUGAAUGUCCCAUCCUUGGAUGCAACGCAAAACUAAUAAGGAAAUUGAUCACCUUAAAAAAUCAGACAUAAAAGAAUAGACCUUAAUCUGCUGAAGGAUAGAAGAAAUAAAAUAAAAUUUAAGAUGCAGAACCAAAUGCUGCUACUUUAUUGAAGGAUCCUAAUUGGCCUCCUAAAUUUAUUGGGUCUCAUGUGCCUAAUUAUUUGGAAUCCUAAUUCAUUCAAUUAAGAAAAAUAAUUGAAUAUUAAUGUGGAGAAAGACACUUUACUCAGGACGAGAUAAAAAACAAUAAUAAUUAAUGCUCAUAAUGUCUGAUGACAUUAUGGGAUGCUCAAGUUCAGGCUAAAUGUAAUAGACAUUAUGUCUGUAUUCAAUGUACAUUAAAAGCAUAGUAGAUAUGUUUACUUUGUUGA